AUGGAUUUUACCUCGUCUACUAUGUCCUGUACCGGGUCGCAGCAGGAUCUUCUAUCACCUGAUGCAACAAGCUCCGGCACUUCCCUACGUGACCACGCGCCCCGACAGCGCCGACGGCAUUCUUCUUUCAUACCCCGCCGACGAACGUCGAUGGUCAACCAUAUCAUGGAGGGCGAAGAGGGGCUACUUCUCAGGGUCGAUUUGUUCUUGACAGAGCUAGAGCGGCGAUUGGAAAGCUUGGAAUCCUACGGUGAUCUCAGUCAUGUUGACGCGAGCAUAUCGAAGACUUUCGCCACCCUGCAAGCGGUCCGAGAACGAUGUUCCCAUGUGUCGGAAGAAGUCAUCGGUGCUGGACGUCACAGGCUCCAGGCCAUGGUCGACACCUUGGACACAAGAUACCACGAAGCCCUGGCUGCGGCCGGAUCUAUGAACGAAAAGGCGCGAGUCGGCAUCGACCUACUGGACACCAUGCUUAACGAUUUCGAGACUCGUGCCCUAAAGGUCCGGGAUCAAGGUUACGCGAACGCUGCUGGGGCCGCCGGCAGUAUAAUGGGCGAAGGCCGUCGAGUUGUGGACGAGGGUCUCGAGCGGGCCCACAGAGUAGUUGACGAGGGAAUCGAGCGGGCUAAGCGAGCGGCCGAAUCCCUCGAGGAGAAUAUACAGUACGCCAUCAUGCGAGCUAGGGAUCACGGACUACUGAAAUACGACGAACUGCCUGUUCCUUGGAGGGUCAACCCGCAUAUCCUCAAAGGAUAUCGAUUCUCCGAGUCGAAGCUUGGCUGUGUCCGCUCCAUGUUCGACCUCUCGAACGAGACGGUCAACAUCUGGACCCAUGCCAUCGGGUUGGUGCUGGUCUUAUCCAUUGCUUUCUACUUCUACCCUACUCACGCCAACUUCUCUCUCUACACCAAGAUGGAUAUGUUCAUCGCGGCAGUGUUCUUCUUCGCUGCUUGCAAAUGUCUCGUCUGCAGCACAAUUUGGCACACGAUGAACUGCGUCGCUGAUCAGACGUUGAUGGAACGUUUCGCCUGCAUCGAUUAUACUGGCAUAUCUUUGCUAAUAGCCGCAUCCAUCAUGACAACCGAGUACACGGCUUUCUACUGCGAGCCUGUCAGUCGUUGGAUCUAUAUCACUGCCACCGCAGUUCUGGGCAUCGGGGGCACUAUUCUCCCAUGGCAUCCCAAGUUCAACGGGCAAGAUAUGGCUUGGUUGAGAGUGGCCUUCUUCGUGGGGUUAGGUGCAACGGGCUUUCUGCCAGUCUUCCAGAUUCUCCUCACAAGAGGCCCCGCUUGGGCUUUCGAGUUCUACACUGGCUCUAACUUGGUCAAGUCGCUUUCCGUAUAUGUCAUUGGGGCAUUCAUCUACGCGAGCAAAAUCCCAGAGAGGUGGUGUCCUGGAGUGUUCGACUAUUGUGGUAACGCCCACAACGUGUGGCAUCUGGCUGUGCUCGGUGGUAUCCUCUACCAUUACGUGGCGAUGCAAGAGUUCUUCUCCAACGCUUUCCAGCGUGCGCAAGGUGGUUGUCCCACGCACUGA